AUGGAAUCUUGGCGAGUGUUGAAGGCUUCUCGGCUAGAUAUCAAACUUUGUCUAGCAUCAGCUUUUCUUAGACUUGCUUCCUAUGGCCUCACAAACCAGGUUCUGACCUUGUUUCUCAACGAGAUUGGGAUCUCGGAACGGGAGAUGGGAUGGUUCAUGUCCCUUACGCUGGUAGGAGAUGUGUGUAUUUCUUACUUGUUGACUUGGCAUGCAGAUUCUUGGGGUCGAAGGAGAGUGCUCACAUAUGGGGCUGUAAUGAUGGUGCUAAGCGGCAUCGUCUUCAGCUGGAGUGAAAACUUCUACGUACUGUUGAUCUUCGCUAUCUUUGGAGUAAUAUCGCCCUCAAGUGACGAAGUUGGUCCUUUCAAGUCAAUAGAAGAGUCCAUGAUAGCCCAUUUGACGCCGCAUAACCAGAGGCCUGAGAUUUACGCCGUUCAUUCCCUUGUAAGUACCUUGGGAAGCGCGCUAGGCUCAGUGUUUUGUGGGUGGCUCGUUCAGGCUCUUCAAGAACACAAAAUUCUUGAAACCAAUGUUCAGUGCUAUAAGGCUGUGUUUGUACUUUAUGCGCUUCUUGCAUUCGGGAAGCUUCUCACUAUUGUAUUUUUAUCUGACGACGCUGAGCUCGACGCGCAUCAGCUUGAGCAACAAGACCCGCAACAGGCAUUGGAUGAGACAACUCCAUUGGUCGAAACAGCUACUCGGAAGAUUGCAGGGUUGGCUCCUGAGACGAGAUCUGUUAUGUUUAAGUUACUCAUCAUCUUUAUGCUGGACUCAUUCGGGUAUGGGUUCAUGACGAGUGCUUGGACCGUAUUCUACUACUCGGUCGUGUUCCACUUAAGUUCAAUGGCAUUGGGGGCUUUGUUCUUUGUUGCAAAGAUAGUCAUGGCGCUCUCCUCGCUUCCAUCGUCUUCGGUGGCCCGGAUGUUUGGCCCUGUAAAAGCCACUCUUCUGGUGCAGGUGCCGUCAGCUAUAUUUUUUAUGCUGAUUCCAUUCGCAGAGGGCCACCUUUCGUUGUCGAUACUUUUCUUCAACCUUUAUAACCUGACCAUGGCAAUGGACGUCACACCUCGGCAAAUCCUUUUGACUAACAUUAUCAAGCCGGGAGAUUUGACGAGAGUAAUGGGUAUUGUUAACAUCGGAAAAACAUUUGCGCGCUGCAUUGGGCCUAUAUUUACAGGGAUAUUAGCAGAUAAAGGUCUCCUUUGGGCAUGCUACUUGAUAAGUGGUGGUUUUGUGAUUCUGGCUGAUCUUGUCCUCGCCGUUUUAUUUAUUGGGGUUGACUCGCACAUUUUAAAAACUACCAACGCUUGA